AUGGCCAGGAACGAAGAGCGCAAAAGUGCGGACAUCACCUCGAUUCGACCAAAUCAUACGCGUCUCAGCAAAUAUCAAGACAAAAUGGGCGAUCAUUUGGAUCGCGUGAAUAUGCAGCUGGAUGAAGAGAUUACGGAGCUUGUCAAGAAAGCGGAAGCCGAAGCGAAAGUGGCGGCGGAAACGGCGGAACAAUUGAAAGACGAGGUCCAGAAGGCUCAUGAUGAGAAUGCCAUCCUGAUGGGUCGACUAAACGAGCAUCGCCAAAAAGGCGUGGAAUGGGAGGAGAAAAAAAAUGAGGCCCGUCUCCGACUCGAAGCCGCGCAUGCCAAGAUGGCGGAACUGAAGAAGGAGAUGAUUUCCGGCAAUGGGCUUCCAAAUAAUCACAAACCCGCCCCCGGAAGGCCGAAAAAGAGCCGAGAGCAACAGAAACUCCUCUCCGAGAAAGUUGCAUAUCUAGAAGAGUUAACGACAAGCCUGGCGGAAUCUCGUGAUAUUCUACGACACGAAAGAGCCGAAAUGGAGAGCCUGGACGGAAAGGUGGAGAGGCUGACUACGGCCAACGUCGAGCUAAAGCAACACUAUUCGGCGUUGAAGAAGCGGAAGGGGAAAUCGAGGUCUGAGCUGGUCAGUAUCCAACGUCAGCAAGCCGCUCUGGAAAAUCGGAAGUUGAAGCUGAGCAGAGAAGCGGGAACUCGAGAGAAAGAACUCGGACCGUUGAGGGAAGAGGCGGAAAGGUUGAAUACGCAUUUGAGAGCCUUGGAGAAAGAGCAAGAAAUGUUGGAAAGGCCUGUGCCUCCAGCUCAAGCCUCAAAAUACUGCGACUGUCUUCCAGGUGCAGCCUCGAUGGCAGAAGAACACGUGAACAACUCGAACUCGUCGAUUUUGCCGAAAAGUGAGGUGGAGAAGAGAAGGGACGAAAUGUUGGAAAGCGUGAAGCGCCUAAAGACGCAGUUGGAAGCUCAGAAGGGGACGCUGGAGACUAAAAAAAAACAAAUCUUGGAGCUUGAGGCUAAAGUAGCGCCCUACAAGGAUAUGGAUUUUGGGAAGAUCGAGGCGGAGAGGCAGGAGAAACAGGAGCUCGAGCAAACGGUAGUCCAACGUGACGAUACUGUGGACAGGGCCAACGCUACGCUCCACAGCAACACCACGAUACGAAACCACCGUCUCCAAGAAAUCGAGGCUCUCCAGAAGAGCAUCGCCGACAAGGAACAGGCA